ACUGAGAAUCUAUUAUUCAUCGGUCCAGUGUUAAAUAAACGACCUCGAAGUAAUUGUUGGGAGGGUGCGAAAAUGGCGUCGAUUUCUGCGAAGACCACGUGCAUUGGCUGGGAAGAUUUCCUUGCUCUUCAUCGACCACAACUACUCUCAAUCGGUUUACCGGAACACUUAUGGGAAAGACUUUACAAAAAGCUAGCGCCUAUUCCAAGUUGUGACGCCACAGAGGCAUUUGAGCUGCACAAAGACGAACAAUUUGUCUCUUUGGGUCGUUGGUCUCUACACGCCAGACGGGCUUUGCAAAAACUUGGCGACGUGUUUCUCAUCGAGCAUGCUUGGUCCAGCGAUGGCAAUGCGGCUGCGAAGAAAUCUUUGGAAAAAUCUCCGAAACUUUUGACAAGGGUGAAGGAAAUGCUUGGGCACAAAGAAAACAACCCUGACGACGAGGCGGCCGGGGAAGCUCUAUUAGACAGCUCUCUGGUUCUGUCGCAAAUCGGUGGAAUUAACGAAGAAAAAGCUAAAGAAGCGCUUGAGGCUACCGACGGUGAUCUAAUUGAAGCUUUGUGUCAAAUCACGGACGAUUCUUAUGAAACUAAAAAAUCGUCGAAAUCUAACAGGUCAAAAAUUAUGACCUUCGAGGAAUUCAAAACUGGCUUUCUUCACGGCGUUGGAAUGGAGAAAGCAAAAUUACUUUCGGAGGAAUACAUUGAAAAGAUGUAUUCCCGAUACAAAAGGGAGAAAGAGGAGUACCCUGAGUCGAUGGGCUUUGGUUAUGGCACGACCUCUUCGUACAGUUGGUCGGAGGAAGAAGAGGGCGCUAUGACCGUGCUAGUGUCUAUUCCAGUAACGGUAAAAAAGCGGGAUGUUGUGAGCAAAUUGACUACGAAGCGGUGGACUCUUGGCCUGAAAGGAUCUGCCCCUAUCAUCGAUGGCGAGUUUUAUGGCAAUGUCUGCCCGGAUGAGUCUUUUUGGACAUUUGAUUCACCUGGAGUUUUGGUCAUGACGCUUCAAAAACCAGAGAACGAAGAAUCGGAGUUGUGGCCAGUAAGUUUUCUCGAUUUGAUCUUGAGUAAAUAGCGUAUUUUCUCUCGAAGCAAGCGUGACAAAAUCGUCGUUCUAAAAUUCUUAGGGUGACACUCGCUUCGAUCGUGUCAAAGAUGUAAGGUAUUUAUUAACUAAUUACAAUGAAAUCCGUAAAGUCGUACAAAUUUGAUGGAGUACACUUUACCUAUUACGGCCAAUAUUAACGCAAACAGAAAAUUUACUGUUUUCGUUCUAAGUGGCUUUGCCAUCAAGAGUCAAGUGCGUAAACGUAUUCUUUAUAAUCGAUCCAAUAUUUGCAUUUUUCAAUAAAAUUUGUUACAUCAUUCUGAACAUUUUCCUGGGAAGUUUGGUUCGCUUUUCAAUUGUUAGGCGAUUUUGAAGUGACCGUAUUUCAGUAGUAUUCUGUCAUGUUGAAUCUUUUGUAUUUGAGAGAUACCGAUUGACAAGUUUAGGUUGCCGAAUUAUUAUUGCUCUUUGAAUACUUUUGUAGAAAUUCCACCCGUGCACUCAUAUCAAUACAAACAUCUUAAAAUACAGUUAAAUAAAUAUCUCAGUGUGUACUCAGGAGAUUUUUUUUUUCCGUCACAAUCGGAGCCACACCUGUAGUUGGCAAUUUUCGGUGUGUACAGAUGCUGACAAUCUAAUUAAAAAUGUCUCUUUGAGAAGCCUCCGGCGAAAGUAACAAAAUCUGCUUCAUAGUGAAGCUAAUGAAAGAUCUUGCUACCUGUAGUGGUUGAGUGAUCAUGUUACAUCAUAGAAUUUGAUAUAUUGCCAACCCUCCACAUUCCAUUUGCGUGGAACUGUGAUAAAAGCCACUAUUGUGGCCAUUUUGGAAUAAAUUUGGCUGAGAAAUGAGAACGGUUAAUGUGUUUUGCUGAAAACACCCUACAGCAUAUGUUAUUGUGAAGUGAAAGUCCAUUUAUUAAAGAGACAAAAGCCCAAAAGCAAUAAAGAAGGAUUUUUGCUUUUUUUUUUUCUAAAUCAUUCAACUGUGGCAAUAACAAUUCAAUGAUAGGGUAUAACUUAAACUUGAAAUUUGUUUUAAUCAUUUAGAUCCAGACAUCUGAUCGGUAGUUGUCUUCUCUGUCUCUUACUUCUAUGUAUUUCUUUGUACAGAAUUAUGUUAGGGUUUUAUCUGUGUUUUAACAGUGUUUGGAGAAUAUAUUGGUUAAUCUUGUCUUGAAUAGGAAAUAUUGAUAAUGUCGAUAUACAUGUACUUAAAAGGUUUCAUGUCACUGAAGUUAUUAAUUACUUGUCAGAGAGAAAGUGGAGAAGACAAUGGCAAUACUCCUGUGCUUUGAAGGUUUCAGUUGAAAAAAAAAAUCUUGAGAAUGAUGUUGCAAAUCAAGUGCUCUCAAGGUUUCAGGAAACUAGACUAAUUUAACCAACAGAAUUAUCUGCUAAAUCUUGUAUGCUCAGUAUUUCUCCUUUCAAAACUUCUGCCUUGAACUUGUUUGGUUUCUCUUCCCAAUUUCAGGUUUUGAUCAAAGGAGAAAAACAUUUAACAGAAAAAGAGAUUUCUGAUCAAGCAAGAGAGAAGGAUCAAAGAAGUGACUUUGAACUAAGUAGUGUCUUAAACAAUAUGUGGUAUUACAACCAGACCUAUCAGGUAAUGACGCCAGAGGGUGAUAAACGCAAACCUGUUUGGUACAUCAUGGAUAAAUUUGGAUCUGCUAUUGUUCAUAAUACUCAACCUAAUGUUAAAUGUUCACCUUUUGCUUUUUCUGCAACUGGAGUCUUCUACUCCCUUCUUUGGCCUAUAAGGGAUUUAGACAAAGGAGAAAUGUGUACUAGGAAUUUUUGUCCUGCCCUGAGUGGAACAGAAACAAAUCUGCAAAGAGAAGGUCGACUUUUGGCUUUCAGUCCUUCCUUGCCUGAGAGUGUUCCAACAGCGUUUGUGGUUGAACUUUCAAAGUUUCCACUAGCAGCCAAAGAAAACAAUAUUGUGAUCAAUGUAAGCUCUUUAGAAACACCUGCAGCAAGUCAGAACUGUCUUCAAUUGAAGGGCAAAAAACUGAAUCUGAAAUUCUUUAUGGAGACAAAUGGAAAGGAGAAAAGGCCAGUUCUGAGAGAUUUAGGCUGUACCCUUGUAGAAUCUAUGUCAGAAGCUGAAGCGGUUUGGCUUGAGAAAUGGAAUACUUUGGGCAAGAAGGUUGGCUCUGAGGCAAGAGUUAACCGACUUGCUGGAGAAGAACACCUACUUCAUCGCCAACUGCUUUCUAAGCAAGUUCAACAGGUUUGGGGCAAUGUACCUUGGUUCCCAGUUUCUUAUGACCUGUCACAGCAGUUGCCAGCUUUGUGUGCUGAUCACUACACCCAUGGCAUAGCCAGUUACUGGAUUUUAAGAGCAGCAGAUCCAAGCACUCUCAGUAUCCCACCCAUUGUGACCAGUGAUCUACGCAGAGUCAUCAGGUGUACAGAGAUGGGACAGUUGGUAGCUUCUCCAUGUAAGUACUCACAUGUUUUCAAAUAUCUGUCAUUAUUUCAUGAACAAGCACAAAAUCUACCAUCUAUUCUAUCUUAUUUACACUGUGAUGAACCUAACAAUGGCCAAGCUUCUCACUGUUUCUGUGGCUCAGUGGUAGAGCAAGGAAGGAAGGUCAGACUUUCAAUUUCUCAGAGCAACUCGCAAUUUUUUCUUGGUCCCAGGACUGUUGCAAAAUGAAUAAAGUCAUCUUUCUUAUGGUCUCCCAAUUAAUCCAACAGCGUUUUAAUUUAUCAAGCGUUGGAUGUUGUCCUUGAGUAGCAUAGUGUUAUAAAGUCAGACGCGUAAAUCAAGUGAGGCCAGGUAUGUAACGAUAAUUUAGUUUUCCGAGCUUUUGCGGAUCUACGGCAUCAUGAUGCUGGCCUCACUUGAUUUACAUGUCUAAGUGUUUUAAUUGUCAUCAGCUUAAAGUGUAAUCAGGUUUCUCCAGAGGAAAGUCUCUUGCUUAGGAACACAACACAGGGACUCUACCCAACUUGAACACAAACUGCAGUGACUGCUGCAGAAUCCAGUUUGCUGUAAUCACUAACACAACAUUUUUGUUAUCCUUUGUUUAUUUUUUUAAUCUUUAUAUAAAUUAAAAACUUAGAUAGUUUCUUAAUCGCUGGUUGUGAAACAGUUUUUGCCCCAGUCAGAUCUAUAUAAUCAUUUCUCAUGAGCAAUAUUCUAUCAACAAUACUGGGCUUGAUUGUGUCAAUAGUUGUUUAUUUUUUUUUCCAUUUCAGAUUGCUUUGAGACAGUUUUUUACAAGAAGAGGCGUUUCUGUCUCCAGUAUUCAGUCACAGUGAAAUCAUUGACACCUCUGCAACUCUUGAUACACAACACACCUCAUGUUGAGGUGGCUGAGAAAGAGCAUAACCCAAACGUUUUUUUUGAUGAGUUUGAAUCUUCAGAUCUUGUAUGUAGUUGCACUGAGCCAAAGAAGAAUGGGACAUUAAACCUCAAAGUGACUCAUGAGGAGUUCUUAAAACACUUAGGCUCUAAUUACUUGACAAAGAAGCAGAUCACUUGGGAUGCAAUCCAGUCCGUGAUUCACGAGAGCAUUGCAAAGCUGUUUUAUGCUGUGGCACCAAGUCUUUCAGCCUUUCAAGGACGCAGUGGAAGAGAACUCUGUGCUGUGUACGGUGUAGAUGUACUACUGAAAGACACUUUCGAGCCUCUGAUCAUUGGCAUCGAUCCUACGCCAAAGUUUGAUAGCCAAAAAUGUUUUGCUGAUGUACUGUUCACGGCAUAUGGACAGAAUGGGGAGUGUUCAGAGAGUUCAAACAUCAGCCAGAUUUCAGUGAGAGAAGGCUGA